AUGUCUCUCAUCCGCGCUCCCCUCGUCCUUCUCCACGCCGUCCUCUACCAGCUCGCCAGCACCCCGCCCAACAAGACCCCCUCCACCGCCCGCAUCGACUCCUCCGAAUCCCCCUUCAUCCGCAUCGCCCCUCUCAUCUUCAAGAUCCAGCAGCCCCUUCUCCUCCCCACCUCUCAUUUCGCCAUCCGCUCCACACCCGCCUUCCUCGCCGGCCUCUCCCUCGUUACCGCCGGCACCCUCCUCCGCCUCACCUGCUACCGCUACCUCGGCGCCCUCUUCACCUUCGACCUCACCCUCCUCCCCAAGCACACCCUCAUCACCCGCGGGCCCUACUCCGUCGUCCGCCACCCCGCCUACCUAGGCUCCAUCCUCGUCUUCCUCGGCCUCGGCCUCGCCGACCUCUCCCCCGGCGGCUGGGUCGCCGAGUGCGUCUCCGCCGGCGACCACGCCUCCCCCUCGCUCCUCGGUCCCGCCGUCGGCCCGCGCCUCGCCACCAGCUGGGCGCUCUUCGCGGUCUGGUUCGCGUGGUGGCUCGCGGUCGGCGUCCGGCGCGCGCGCAUGGAGGACGCGACGCUCCGCAAGGAGUUUGGCCGCGAGUGGGACGUGUACGCGCGCCGCGUCCGCUCCUGGUUCGUCCCCGGCCUGCUCUGA